AUGAAUCUGCUGCAAGCCAUGGCCACCGUUAAUUUCUGGCUACCAAUUUUACCGAUGGUGUUUGCUGAAGAAGAAUUGGCCGAAGCAGUGUCGGCUGAGGAAGAAUCGAUAACAAAGCUAUACCCAAUUCGAUUCACAUUACAACGCUCGAAUACAGUCAUGAGUAUGUACGGCAGAGAUCCGUGGGGUGGGCCGUUGGAGAUAAACACGGCUGACUCCGCGACAGACGAUGACCGGAGCAGGAACUUGAACGACUUCGACAGGGCGGCGCUUUCUCGUCCAUUAGACGAAACGCAGCAGAGCUGGCUGUUAGGUCCCGGAGAACAGAAGAAGAAAAGGUACGUAGAUCUGGGGUGUAUCAUCGUCAGCCGUAAGAUAUUUAUUUGGACGGUUGGAACGAUUCUAGCAGCUGGUUUCAUCGCCGGAAUAAUUACAGUUAUAGUCAAGAACGUUCCUAGACAUCACAAGCAUCCUCCAGCACCAGAUAACUACACUAUUGCACUCCACAAAGCUCUCAUGUUCUUCAAUGCCCAAAAAUCUGGAAAGCUUCCGAGGCAUAAUAAUGUUUCAUGGAGGGGUAAUUCGUGUUUAAACGAUGGAAAAUCGGACAAAUCAGGAGCUGUAAUGAAAGAUUUAGUGGGUGGAUAUUAUGACGCUGGAGAUGCGAUAAAGUUUCAUUUCCCUCAAGCUUGGGCCAUGACUCUGUUGAGUUGGAGUGUGAUUGAAUACAGUGGUAAAUACGAAGCUGUAGGAGAACUUGCUCAUGUUAGAGAUAUUAUCAAAUGGGGCACUGAUUACUUUCUUAAAACCUUCAAUUCUUCUGCUGAUAGCAUAAGCCAACUCGUGGCUCAGGUUGGAAAUGGUGAUACAUCGGGAGGAACAAGUGAUCCAAACGAUCAAACUUGUUGGAUGCGACCCGAGGACAUUGACUACCCACGACCCGUAACCACAUGUUCGUCAUGCUCUGACCUGGCAGCUGAGAUGGCAGCAGCAUUAGCUUCAGCUUCCAUUGUUUUCAAGGACAACAAGAUCUACUCAAAGAGACUUGUCCAUGGUGCUGAAACGCUUUGGAAGUUUGCUAGAGAUCAACGUGGUUUGUAUAGUGGUGGUGGAUCAGAUGCUGCAACUUAUUACAAUUCGAGUAUGUAUUGGGAUGAGUUUGUGUGGGGUGGAGCUUGGAUGUAUUAUGCAACGGGGAAUCAGUCGUAUUUGUAUCUUGCUAGUCACCCGACUUUAGCUAAGCAUGCGGGUGCCUUUAAGGGAGGAUCGAAUUAUGGUGUUUUUAGUUGGGAUAACAAGCUUCCUGGAGCUCAAGUACUCCUGACUCGAUUAAGAUUAUUUUUAAGUCCCGGGUACCCAUAUGAACAAACAUUGAAGACGUUUCAUAACCAAACAAGCAUAAUCAUGUGUUCAUACUUGCCAUACUUCACAAGUUUUAACCGAACAAGAGGAGGGAUGAUACAAUUGAAUCAUGGAAAAACACAGCCUCUUCAGUACGUUGCUAAUGCAGCCUUUUUAGCGACCCUUUUUAGCGACUAUUUAGAUGCUGCAGACACUCCUGGGUGGUAUUGUGGACCGAAUUUCUACUCAACUGAUGUGCUAAGGGAAUUUGCUGAGACUCAGGUAUUCUUUCAUUUGUCAUGUUAG